CUGUUUCCCUCCUCUCUGUGCCAGACGGAGCAGCAGACGCGCUCAGACAGACAGAAGGUUAAACAUGGAUCCAAACACGACGAUUCUCCGAGUCAAGAGAAAAAGGGGGAUCGACCCCGCAGAUGCCUUGUUGCUGGCGUGUAAGCGUAUCCGUCCAGAGCCGUCCCAGACCUCAGGAGAAACGGUACCGGAGCCCAAUGAGGCCGAGAUCGAAAACUCUGUCUUCAAACUCGUGGCGACCGUCGCGACGCAGGAUGCUCCUGUUCAGACGCAGGUCCGACAGGCUCUGGCUCGGCCUCGUAUGGCCCACCCACUGCGCCCUUCUGCUGCGAGCAAGCAGCGGAUAGUUGGAGACCUGAGGAGCACAAAGUGGAGUACACGGAGGGAGGAACGCUACAGAAUACUGUCAAACCUGCGUACAGGGGUGUCAAGCCCAGCUGAGCACCCAAACCCCCAGACUGAUGCUCCAGAGGGUGCAGAGGAGACUGUGAAAGAGCAUAAAACAUGUCUGGGUGAAAUCCAGGUCGUAGAUCUUGUACAUGAGGAUGCAGAGGAAGAACAGGAAGACAAGCCUUCCGGCAAGAUGCUGUCCUCAGAUCCAGAAGUGAUCCUGUGUAACAACAUGAAGAUGCUGCGGGAACAUCUGAGCAUAUCUGGAGAGAGACUCGGAGAGGACCAACAGGAGCAGGAGGUCGACUACGUCUAUGACCUUUACUACCAGGAGACGGUCACACCGGGCUGGAUCCAGGACAUCCUGUCUGUCAGGGCCUACGCCGAUGAGGGAGAACUGGUGCCUGAUGUGGUUCAUGAGGAGGAGGUGUAUGAAGAUGAAGACGAUGAAAACGAGGAAGGCAACUGGAGGAAUGACUACCCAGAUGAAGGAAGUGACGCAGACAGUGACCGAGAGGAGCGCUAUGGUGGUUACUGGGAGGAGGAGCACUCGUACAGCAGGAGGAGCUGGGAGCACUACCAAAGGGAGGUGCUGCAUGAGCUGGGCCGCCAGGGUGAAGAGGAGGAUGAUGAUGGGGACAAAUAUGAUUCAGAUUGAUCAGGUCUCCUAACCCACACCUGUCAGUGUAUCCUCCAAACAUCCCUUUUCACAAACACCAUGCUCCGUAGCACUCUGUAUAGCUGAGGGGAGACGUCUGCAAGAUCAGCAUGGAACAGAACACUCAUCAGAAUUUAUUACAUUUAAGUGAAACUGGGACGGCUUUUUUUUUUUUUUUUUUUUUUUAUAAAUGCUUGAACAAUAUGACAGGCUGUAAACUUAACAAAUGAAAGGUGUAGUUUCAUGUUAAAAAAUUACAUCAGUUUUAAUAAGUGCUCAUAGCCAGUGAAUAUCACAGCGGCUGCUAGCUGAACUACGGCUUACCUUUCUCUGGGUACUCUGCAUGUUUUAAGGUUCAGAGCCCGUCAUCGUCCAUUUAAGGUUAAAACUAGAGCAGAAUUUUCCACAGAGGUCUCUUCCUCUUAAAGAAACCUACUUGGCAUUUAAAAGCAGUAAAUGAACACUUAACUUUGAUUAAAAACAGUCGGUGUUACUUCCUUUUUCUUACAGGUUAAACAUGAGAGAAAUAGUCGACACCCUCCCCAAACACACACACAAUUUAUAUUGAACAGCAAAAUCGGAUUAGCCUGAUUAGCUUCUCUGUUGGAUAUAGCCCAAACCCAAUAUGCUAACAAGGACAAUUUAGUAUAAAUGUCUAAACCUGCAUUAGUAUUUGAUAUUAUAUUUGAUUUUCAGAGUGGACUCUCUCUCCCCUCGUCUAUACAGAGUCAGGGAGGCGGUGUGCUUUCCAGUUGGAUCCAGAGUGUCUUUUUAUUUUUUAACUGUGGUGGAGUGAACUUGUGUGUGGGUGUUUGUGUUCAAAGUGAAUGUGUGUUAGAAAUGUUGCAUAUUAGUGUUAUAUGCCCGGUAUGCUUUGUGCUUUUAACACUUCUGUUAGUGAGACAUCUUGAAGCUGCGUGUGUUUGCAUUUUAGGGUGUUUGCAUUUUGUGCAUGGUAGUGUGUGUGUGUGUGUGUGUGUGUGUGUGUGUGUAGGUACACUUGUGUAUGUUUAAGGUUUUUUUGCAUAAUGUGAGAUGUGUGAUACAUAAGCGUUGUUGUAUGUGUGGUUUAGAAAUCCUCUUUGAUUGUUUCUCUUGGAUGCUUGUUGAAUGAAACUUUUUGUAAAUAUGUAGAUGUGUAUAAAAAGAAAACUUUGAAAAUAAACUUCAAACAUCUGUGUGAA